AUGGCUGAGGACGACGCCGCCGUGCGCGAACCGCUCGAUCUCAUACGGCUCGCCCUGGACGAGCGCGUGUACGUCAAGCUCAGGGGUGAUCGCGAGGCCAGAGGGCGCUUACACGCGUACGAUCAACACCUGAAUAUGAUCCUCGGUGAGGUGGAGGAGACGAUCACGAGCACGGAGACGGACGAGGAGACGUUCGAAGAGUUUACGAAGACGACGAAGCGACGCGUCCCGUACUUGUUCAUUCGAGGCGACGCGGUGACCCUGGUGUCGCCGCCGUUGAGGAAUUGA